CCUUCUACUUCGUUUUCCAUACGGUUAACCACUAUUCAAUGUAGGGGCUAAACUAACAUUAACAAGAAGUAGAAGUACCAUAUGCGAAUUUAUUAUACCAAAGGACACAGGUCCAUAACAGUUUCAACCCGUAUGUACCUCAAAACCUCGCCGCUUAACGUAAAACCCCCAACCGAUAAUGGCCGACGAAUCCGUCAGCGCGCCGGUUGUUAACGAUCAAGAUCCCGCAAUAGCGGCCGCGGACGAGAUGAAGCUUCUUGGAUAUGCCGUGCAAGAACUACCUGCUCACGCAGUGAAAGACCUGUUUGCGCACGAGGUGUGUGUCCGAUGCAUUUUUCGGUUAUUUAACAUUCAUGAGGGUAUUUAUGCUUUGCUAUCACCAACAACCAUAUAUUCCAUUAUUAAAAAAGCUAUAAAUUCAGAAGAUAUGGCAAUUAAGAGCACUGAAGAUACUGUAGAUGCAAAGAGUUUGCAGUCAUCUCCAGAGUUAGAAGUGAAGUCAAGUAUUUGUUCAGUUUGCUUAGGUGUCUUGCAAUUUAGUUAUCUUGAUGAGAGAGAUACUUUGUUGGGGAAGGAUCAUGCUGAAGACUUUGCCAUGGCAGUUGCUGAAAGUGUGAAAGAGAAAGGUCAUGAAAUUCCCAGUUUUACCCUUGAAGUCUCGUUGCCAACACUCAUUACAGAAAAUGAACAAGUGAUUCUGUUGUAUUUGAAGAAGAAGUAUGCUUCUGAAGUUUGGUUUCAAGAGAAAUUCUCAUCUGAACAUAUUUCAGUAAAGGAUGCACUCAAGCUAUCUAUGACACAUCCCCUUGAAAAACUUUUGGGUGUUAAAUCUGGUGUUAGUGAUUUUCGUAUUCGUUUGACAUUCGAACAUGUUGAUGCUACAUCUGCUGAAAACAGGAUAGGGAAAAACCAAGGGAAUAAAAGAAUAAAAUCAGAUGAAAGUAAUGGACUUGUUAAAUGUAGCAAUGGAACAAUGCAAAGUGGUGAUGCAUCUGACAUUAAUUCCCCACUGAAAAAAGUUGGUCAACCUUGUCACAUGACAUUGGUUUGUUCUAGGGCACCUGUCUUCAUUGGUGGUCGAUAUCUCAAGUUCUCAAGAAAUGUGAGUCAAACCCGCUGGAUAAUUGAUGAAGAAAGGAAGGGAGAUGCAUCUGUUGAGGAGCUUAUUGGUGGCAAUAUCCUUCCCAUGUGUAAUGGUGAUAGCUACAAGUUUCAUGCUGCUGGGAGAGAGGAUAUAGACGUGAGGAUGUUGGGGUCAGGUAGGCCAUUUUUGGUUGAGAUACAAAAUGCCCGUUUUGUCCCUUCUGAAGUAUCCAUCAAGGAAAUGGAAAACAAGAUAAAUAGUCUCGAAAGUAACUUGGUGAGUUAUAGGCUGCAUUUGUUACGCUUUUUAUGGGUUUUUUUCAUGAGAUGAUUGAGGAGGGCAUUU